AUGAUGACUAAUUUUCACCUCUUCUCCAACCUUCCCGCCGAACUGCGCUUUCGUAUCUGGCACGUCGCACUCGAGGACGACUACAUCGACUUGAAGGGACGCCAUCGCAUUAUCGAGCUACAUAACUACAAAGCAGGCCCUCAGGUGGGUGUCGCUGUGUCUCGCCGUUACCCUACUCUUUUCGAGGUCAGUCGCGAAGCACGAUGUGAAGCUGCUAAAGCCGGCGGCGGAGAGUGGACCACUGUGAAGGCACGAUUCGACGGCAGACAGGAGCCAGGUCAUACCACCAGCUUCAAGAUUUACAUCAACUUUUCACACGAUGUAGUUCUCCUCUCAGAUCGAGCCAUCUCUCAGCAAGCGCCUGUGGCUAUACUCAAAGUUUACUACACGAGUCCUGAAGCUACCAAAGUACAAGUCUUGAUGACUCUACUACCGAACGACGUCAUCAAGAAACUCGCGCACCUCAUGCUUACCACAACCGGGGUACGUUACCAGGGCGAGCGUCUCGAAAACUUCACCUCACUCGAACGUCUUCAUCUCUACGUCCGCUAUGGCAUCUAUGACGUCAUGUCCCCAGUUAGGCAGCACAUAUCGAAAGCAUGGAGGCUCUUGGACUCAGAAGCACCACGCGUGUCGUGCUUCCCCCCCUGCCGUUCUACCGCCGGCGACUCCGUUCAUGACCGGGACACUAUGGUUUGGGUCUCAGAUUCUGGCGUCAUGGAUAUCGAGAGUGACGGUAUUCGCAGGGUCGAGUGGGGACUGAGGAAGGACUUGUGGGUUCCGAGGGCGAAGAAGGGAUCGGGUACUCUGCAAAAGAUUGGCUAA